AUGCAAGUGGAUCAUCAUAAAUGGGAUGAGGAGAUUGUUUCAGACCUAUUCAAUGACAGGAAUAGAGAUCUUAUAUUAGGGAUCCCGCUUUCAAAUUCUGCAAGUGCUGACUGUUGGAGUUGGAGUCGUGAGUCCUCUAGGUUUUAUACAGUCAAGAGUGCAUAUCGAUGGUUGCAGCAGAUGAUCAAAUACAGGCAGCUUUUUGGAAGACAUUUUGAGGAAUCAAUUAUGCAUAUCCUUGUCCAUUGUCCGUUCGCACGUUUGUGCUGGAAUAGGUCUGCUGUCAAUUAUGUUGCAGCAGCUACAGCUGGAUUUAAGGACUGGUUUGCUGCUGUUGCGAGCGGCGGCACUGCUAGUUCAACUCCUGAGAAUUUAAUGGUCGCGUUGCAGAUUUGGAAUGCACGAAAUGAGGUGUUGUGGCAAGGCAAGACAAGGUCAACAACGGAUGUUGUUCUAACAGCAAAAUCGCAUCUUAAUCAAUGGUUGUGUGCUCAAAAAAAUCGGUUGGGACCGAUUCUUAUUAAGAACGUGCAAGUUUUGGAAACAGAGCAUUGGACUAAACAUGUGCCUAGUAUGGUUAAGGUAAAUGUUGAUGGGGCUAUCUUUGAGUCGGCUAGUUUGUAUGGGGCGGGGUUCAUUGCUAGAGACAGUCAUGGUCAGAUUGUAGAAGCAGUCUCAAUGAGCAGGUUCAGGCAAGUCUCUCCUGAAGUUGCUGAAGCUUAUGGGAUCAAAGAAGCGUUGAGUUGGAUAAAAGGUAAAAAUUGGAAGCAAGUUGUUCUCGAAUCUGACUGUUUGGUGGCGGUUCAAGGAGUACAUAGCAGUGUGCAAUUAUCUUCAAUAUUUGGUCUGCUACUAUGGGAGUGUAAGCAACUCUUAAAUGAGUUGGAAAAUAUUUCUUUAAGUUUUGUUAAACGUUCUACUAAUAAAGUUGGGCAUUUUCUUGUGCGCAGUUUUUGUUAUUUGUCAGUUCGUGUGUUUCAUGCGGAUGAUUCUCUUUUGAAGUUAUUAAACAUUGUAAUGGCUGAUUCUUUAUUCUAA